CUCUUCGCUUUUUACGAGCUCUGUUUUCCUUAGCUUUAGCUUCUUCGGCUAACUGUUGUCAGCUGUAACCUAGCAGCAGCCGGAGCAUCACUCCGUGGAAGUGUCGGGAUGGAUGUUCACAGUCGAAGUGUUUUUCUAUCUGUAGCCUAAGUCCUCCGUCCGUUGUGUUUACCUUAUCUCACAGAGCUAGCAUACAUCAUACUGGGCGAUUGGCUGUAACGUCUCAAUGUUAUUGAGGUUGUUAAUGGGAACGAGUGGAGUUGCUGUAUCGCUGAAUCUCUCGUGACGUGAUCCGGAAUAAUGUGUUUUACAUUGAGCGUCGUCACACAUGUAUGUUGAGUCUCAUCUCCCAGACACAGACGGUCUAUGUUCCCUCACUGCACUGGCCUAGCUAACCAGCUAACAGUGACAUCUUAGUUAGCACCGAGGUGUCUGCUCAGUUGUUGGUUAAGUCGCUACAAACACGUUAUUACCAAGAUGUCAGCUGCUCUUGAGUGGGACAAGGUGACGGGGAUUGACCCGGCGACCCUCCUCGACUGUGGUAAAGACCAAGUGGACGAGGUCUUCGACAUGUUCGUUAUGACAGAAGACUGGCAGCUGAAGAAUAAAACUCCUGAGAACAUUCUUCAUCUCCUUCAAACGUUUCAGGCCAUACUCAAGAUGAAGAAUGGGGAACUUGCCGUUUCUGUCAAAUUCCUUGAAGACGCCGGGGUAGACCAUGCUAAAACUGUAAAUGAACUCCAUGCCAAGGUGUUGAGACUGGAAAAAGAACGCAAGCACACCGGCACCGGGCCAGACACCCGCUUUCUGAGAGAUGAGAUUCGGCAGCUUGAGACCCAGCUUGCACAAAAGGAGAACGACUUGAUCCAUUUGAAUAAAGAAAUGGUCAAAGAGAAGAAAACCAGCGAGGAGUUGCUCGUGCGAGCAGAGGAGGCUGAGGAUGAGGUCAGGAAGCUGAAAAGAGAGAUAAAAAGGCUUAAGAAGAAGAACGAUCAGCUCCACCAGGAUGUGGACUUCUAUCGUGGGGAGCUGGAGCAGAAAGAGCCUGUCCCUUCCAGAGAUGAGAGUGCUGAGACUCAGAGAAAGCUCACCUCUGCCAAUCGCCAGCUCUACCAGUGCUUAGAAGACCUUCAGCGAGUAGAGGAUGAAAACUUGUAUCUGAAGACACAGAACGAGCAGAUGCAGAAAAGCCUGGAAGAGUCGGUGAGGGAGAUGGAGACGAUGACAGACGAGUACAACAAGAUGAAGAUUGUUGUGCAGCAGACUGACUCCACCGUUGACCAGCUCAGGAAAGAGAGGGAUCAUGCAAAGCUUCAAGUCAGGGAGUUAACAGAUAAGAUCCAUGCCAUGACUCAAGAGGAUGACCCAAUUAUGGCUGCAGUUAAUGCCAAAGUGGAAGAGUGGAAGAGGGUGCUUUCUGGGAAGGAUGAUGAAAUUCUCAUGUACCAGCAGAUGAUCCGAGAUCUCAGGGAAAAGCUGCGUUCAGCCCAACUGGACUUGGACAAAAGCAACAUUAUAGCCCUGCAGCAGGCUGUUCAAGAGCGAGAUAACCAAAUCAAGAUGCUGAGUGAGCAGGUGGAGCAGUACACAGGGGACAUGGAGAAGCACACCCUCCUCAUUGAAGAGCUGAAGACGUCCACAAAGAGAGACAGAGGCUUACCCUCAACCACACAGCAGAGGAAGUUGGAAGAGCUAAAGUCUAAGCUUGAAGCAGCAGACACCAGAGCAGUGGAAGCAGAGCUGGCCGUAAAGCUGGCAGAAGAUCAUGCUGAGGAAAAAGACAAAGCACUCAUUGAGGCCACAAACCGCUUGAGCCAGUAUGAGUCUGGCACUUAUGGCCUGGAGUCUGCCAUUGCGGAGAUCAAAGAGUGUAAGAAUCAAAUUAGAGUGAGAGAUUGUGAUGCAGAGGCCAUGACCAAAGAGAUCAACCAGCUUGAAAUGAGAAUCAAUGACCUCAUUGAUGAAAAUGAGGACCUCAGAGAAAGACUCGGUCUGGGACCAAUGCAGGAAGUGGAUCUGACAGAAUUCAGGCGAGCCAAAGAUAUCAGGCAACGUCAGUACAAAGUGGAAAACCAAGUCCUAACCAAAGAGAUUGAACGACUUGAAGAGGAAAGACUGGAACUAAAGAAACAAAUUAGAUGCAUGGUGAAGGAAGGAGGGAUCACACUGUCAAAGUCACUUCUGGAGGAAGACAUCAGGCCCAGCAGAACUGCACCGCAAAGCAGCUCCCACACAGAUGAAGAGAUCAGACGGAAGAAUGAGUACCUAGAAAAAGAACUGAGCAAAAAGGAGCGAGAGCUGGGACUCAACAAGUCUCAGUUUCAAGUCAAAUUGGAAGAACUGUCAAAAGUGAAACAAGAUCUGGAGGCUGUGCUGAAAGACGUCCUCCAAGCCAUGAGGAUUAAUCAAGAGGAAGCUCCAUCAGAUGGUGCCAUCGAUAUUGCCAAUCUGAAAAGGUUGGCUAAUGCAAUAGAUGUCAACAUGAGUGGGCAGUCUGAAUCAGCCCUGCACCUCAAGCCCCAAAUACAUCAGCUCUUAGGGAGAAAUGAAGAACUGAGGCAGGAACUGAAAUUGGCCCGGCAGGAGGCAACAAGCAGCUUUGGUCAGCUUGCCAGUUCAAAAGAAAAGGUGAAACAACUAGAAGGUGAAUUGGAGCUGCUUAGGAAGUCAGGAUGCAGUGGAGUAGUUCUCCGACCUCUGACCCUCCCUGAGGGCCUGGGGCCCAGUAGCACUGAGGUCAUCAGUUCCUUAAAUGAGUAUGUUGUUCGACUUCUUCAGGAGCUCAAAAACAAGGAGGAACAAAGCAAGAAACUUGGAGCAACAUUGGAGGAAUACAAAGAGAAGUUUGCUGUUAUCAGCCACCAACAGGGACUCCUCUAUAAAGAAUACCUGAGUGAAAAGGCUGAGUGGCAGAAGGAGAAACAGACAUUUGAAGAUGUGAAAGACAAACUAGAGGAACAGAAACAGGUGGAGGCUGUUAAAAUCCAAGAGUUCAACGAGCUGUUAGACACGCUUCAAAAGGAUCCAGAGGAAGUCCGGAGACAGUUGAGCGAAGCGUUGCGAAAGUUGACAUUGCUGAAGGUGAAUGAGAAGAAACUGACUCGGCGCUACACCACCCUGCUGGAGCAGGAACAGCACAUCCGUAAGGAGAACAACAAGCUACGGGACGACAGCAUCCACAUGCAGGUUUCUGUCACUCAGAGGAUAGGCUACCUGCAGAGAUACAAGGAAAUGGCUGCAUAUCAGAUAGCAGCACUGCAGAAGGCCUUGGAUGAUAGCGUGCCCUCAUCAGACCUGGAGAAGGCUAACAAACAGUACACAGAGCUCACAGUCAAGUACAGAGACAUGCUGCAGAGGGACAGCUGCCUCAUACAGAGAACCACCAAUCUCGAACAUUUGGAGAGUGAGAAUGAGUCUCUGCGGGAGCAAAUCUCUUCCAUGAAUAAAGAGCUGGAGAUCACAAAGGAGAAAAUGAAUACGUUAGAGCAAGCAUGGGAGAACAUCAGUUCAACUGGAGGUGAAAAUGUUAUGGAUAAGGCAAACAAGGCAUUGGCCAACAAUGAAAUGGUAUCUGCUGCCAGACGAAUCACCACUCUUGAAAUGAAGGAGCUGAACGAGAGGCAGAGAGCGGAGCAUGCCCACAAAAUGUAUGAACACGUGAGGAGUUCCCUCAGACAAGUAGAAGAGCGCAACGUAGAGCUGGAGUCCAAGUUUGCAGAGUUGACCCGCAUGAACGUAGACGCCCAAAGGAACGAGCGGGAACUGAGAGAUAAGCUGGCAGACAGCAUCAGUAAAGCUGUGAGCAAUGCUGAUAGAGCCCGAAUCACAGAGUUGGAGAAGGCCGGGGCUGAGCUCCGCAUCGAGGUUUCUAAGCUUCAAGAGGUGUCUGAUGUGGCUGUGAUGCAGGCGUCUGCUCUACAAGCCAGACAACAGUCCAAUCAAAGGGAGGUAGAAGUUCUGAGGAGACAAAUAAUGGACUACCAGUCACAGUCAGAUGAGAAAGCCCUCAUUGCAAAGCUUCACCAGCACAUUGUGGCUCUGCAGCUGAGUGAGUCAGCUGCCUUUGCCAAACUGGAGGCUACCACCUCUCACAUUCACAAGUUGGAGGCCUACAAGCUGCGUGCUGAACAGCGGCUGGAUGCCAGUGAGCGCACUCUGUUCCUCGCCCGCCAGGAGGGCAGAAAUCGCUCCAAGCACCUGCGACAGACCAUCCAAUCACUACGGAGGCAGUUUGCCGGAGCGCUGCCGCUCCCCCAGCAGGAAAAGUUCUCUGUGACCAUGAUGAACCUCCAAGAGGACAGAGCGAAAGCCCAGGAGGAAAAGAGGAAGGCGGAGAAGGAGAGGAGAAGAGCAGAGGGCAGGGCUGAGGAGCUGGAACUGAGGAUGCGAGGGCUGGAGGAGCUCAUCUCAACACUGAAGGAUGUGAAAGGAGCCCAGAAGAUAACUGAAUGGCACAAGAAGAUGGAAGAAGCUCGUCUACAGGAGCUGCGCAAAGGUAGAGAACUGAUGGUCCAGAAGGAGGAGAUAAGGUACCUGAAGAACCUUGUGGAGCAGCAGGAGCGAACAGUCCGGUCUCUGGAAGAGGAUAUUGUGCAGCAAAACACGCUUCAAGAAGAACAGCAGCUCACAUGGGAUCAGCGAGAAGUGGAGCUGGAGCGCCAAGUGGAUCAGUUUGAGAAACACCAAGAUGAAAUUGUGAGCAGUGUGAAAAAGUUUGAUGAAGGUACCGGCUCCCUACCAGAUCCCAGUCUACCUCUUGCUCAUCAGUUAGAGUUUGCUCUGGGUAAAAUCAGAGAGCAUGUCCGCACCAUCUUGGACACACAGGCCACCUGCAAAAGUUUGGAUGAGAAGUUGAAAGAGAAAGCAGCGGCUCUGUGGAAGGCAGAACAGAACAUUAUGUCCAGGGAUAAAGUCAUCAAUGAGUUGCGUCUUCGGCUCCCAGCUGCUGCCAACAGAGAACGCCUGCUUGCUGACCUCGCCAAGCAUGAGGAGGGCCAGUCGGACUGUCAGCCUGCCCUCAAGCUGGCUCAGCAGGCCAUCAAAGACCUCCAGGGUCGACUUGACAAGAAGGAGGAUGUAUUAAAGAAAUACCAGAACCAGAUGGCUCAAGCCAGAGAGGAUCAAGAGGAGAUGAUAAAGAGACAUCAGGAAGAGCUCAGGAUGCUGCAUCAGAAGCUUGACUUGCACUCUGACACAUCAUUGGACCGCUUCAAACAGACAGCAAUGGAGUUAAUGAAGAAGCCCACAAUAAAGGUGCCGACCUCCAAGCAUCUGGAGCGCCUGGCUGAGCUUGAGCAGACCGUGGCUGAGCAGGACCUCUCACUGUCGUCUGCUACAGAAAAGCUGAAGCUGACCACUGAUGAGCUACAGCGACAGAGGGCCGCCAUGGAAGCACAGGCUAUGAAAAAUGCUGAUGAGAUGUCAAAGAUGAAAGAGCAUCAUGCUGCCCAGGUGAAGUGUCUGACUGCUGAGACUGAGGAUCAGAGAAACCAAAUGGCCCAGAAGGAAAAGGAGAUGAACUACAUCCAAACUGAGCUGGACGCCCAGAGGGAGGCCAACAUCCGCUCCCCCAGUAACACCAUGAAAAACCUGGUUGAACGACUUAAAGCUCAGCUUGCUCAGAAAGAGAAACAGCUUAAGGCUCUUAGUAAAGCUCUGUUGGAGCUGCGGGCAGAGAUGACGUCUGCUGCAGAGCAUCAGGUCAUAGCUAGUGCUGCACAAAAGGAAGAGAGCCUCAAUGUGCAGAUGCUGAUUGACAGGCACACCAAAGACCUGAAGGUGCGGGUGCAAGAACUCAAUGAAGAGCUUCAAGCUGCAAAGGACUUCGCCAAGGCAGUGAGAGGUCGGGAGAACACCCUGAAAGAGGAAGUGGACUGCUUGAACCAGGAGCUCCAGAGGAGUCAUAAAACCCAGAGACGUCUCCAGGCUGAGAGGGAGGAGAGGGAUCAGGAAAUUCAGGAGCUCAAGCAACAAACAAAGAGGCUCAGCAGCGCUCUGCAGAAUCAACCAGAACCAGAUGGGAAGGGGCCAACAAUCGAGAAUCUGCAGAAGAAGAUCAGGAGGCUGGAGUCUGACUUGGACAAAAGGGCAGAAAUGAAAGAUGUCAAAGAUGAUCAAAGAAAGACUAAAGAAGAGAUUGUGCGGUGGGAGGAGGGUAAGAAAUGGCAGGCUAAGAUGGACAAACUGAAGAAUUCAGUGAAGGAGAAGGAGCGUGAGAACGAGUCCAUGUCGAAACAGCUCAUCACUCUGAAAGACCUCUAUGGCAGACUGGAGCAAGAGAAGGGUGCACUGCAGAAAAAGCUCAAGGCUCGAGGUGUGACUGCUGACCAGGUAGUGGGUGUGAGAGCCACUGAAAUGGAGAAGGAACUAGAGGAGCUGAAGAAGAAGAACUCAGACCUGGAGACGCAGAUCCUCACGAUAAAACAACACCAGGCUUUACCUCGUGAUGACGCCAUGGAGAAUCUGGUGCUGAAGAACCGCUAUCUAGAGGACAGAAUCCACAUUUUAGAGAGUCAGAUGUCCAAAGAUCCUCCGUCAAGACCCUCUACUUCAGGUCGAGGCACUGGCACACCCUCACAGAGAGAUCAAGACCUCCAAAAAGAAAACCUCAAGCUUGCCUCAGACAACCUGGAGCUACGAUUUCAGCUGGAGCAGAGCAAUAAAGACUUACCAAGACUCAAGAACCAAGUUGCAGACCUAAAGGAGAUGUGCAGUGCAUUGAAAAAGGAAAAGGCAGAUGUGAAGAAAAAACUGUCCCAUAUAAGUGGAACUGGCCACAGUGGUAAAACAGUACCUGAACUAGAGAAAACCAUUGGGUUGAUGAAGAAGGUGGUGGAGAGGGUGCAGAGGGAAAAUGAGACGCUGAAGAAGUCCAGUGCCACCGCAAGUCAAGACAAGGUCGCUGCCUUGGAGCAAGAAAACCAAAAACUAAAGGCUGAAUAUGAGACACUCAAGAGCCAAAGUGAAGCUGAGCUGAGUUCAAAACUUGAAUCUAAGACCAAAGGACUGGAGAAAAUAGUGAUUGAAAACGAACGUCUACGCAAGGAGAUCAAGAGGGAAAUGGAGGCCGGAGAGAGGCUGAGAGUCACUAAAACGAGUCUGGAGGUAAACAACGAGAAGCUCGAGGCUGAGCUGGAGGAAACUAAACAACGGCUUCGUGCAGCUCUGUCCAAACCUAUCACAGAGGGAGCAGACGCAAAGACCUGGAAGGCUUCUGUGGUAACAAGAAUGUUUGAGAACAAGAUGAAGGAACUGGAGAGGGAGCUCUCCAAGAAGACCUUCAGUCUGUGCGAACUCAAACAGCAGCUGAAGGAGGCGAACGAGCGCGAGGAAAGUGCACAGACCAGCAUCCGACAUCUUGAAGAUCAGGUUGACAUGUUUAAAAUCUGCCCCACUGCUGCAAAGACUGAUGCUGGACUCACCAAGGAGUUCCAGGCAAUGAGGUUGGUCAACGCUGAGCUGCGGCAGGAGAACACAGAUCUGAAGCAAAGCCUCAGUGAGCACAGUGACCAAUAUGGUGAGACUUCAUCUAAACCAGAUGUUGGGAAGCUCAGAGGUCGUCUGCAGGCUGCUGAGAUGGAGAGAACAAAACUUCAAGCAGAGGUCAACAAGCUGCAGAAAGAACUGGAGAACUUUGACCCGACGUUCUUUGAGGAGAUCGAGGACUUGAAAUAUAACUACAAUGUGGAGGUGAAGAAGAACAUUCUGCUGGAGGAACAGCUGAGGAAGGUGUGCGACCAGUUUGGUGUAAAAGCGGAAAUUCCCAGGGUGUCCAUCAGUUGACUCAGAGUUACUGAGCCUUGAAGUGGACUUAACACUGUUAACACUGCACCUGCACAAACCUUUAUGGAUUAAACAUUCAACUUUCAGUUUAUCUUUAUCUUUACUGCUCAUUUUCAGUUUGGAUCUCUGCUGAACCUUAAAGGGAUAGUUCACCAAAAAAAAUGACUCACCACUAUGCCGAUUGAGGGGUGGGUGAAGUGUUUGAGUCCGCAAAACACUGUAGUGAAGCAGCCAAAGUGACCAUUUCUUCUGACGUAAUAAAACAACAGAAACCACAGGAGCAGUAUGGAGGCAUGUUGUGUCUUUGUUUUAUUACGUUGGAAGAAUUGGUCACCAUUGACUUUAACUGUAUUGGAAUCGGCUGAUACCCCUGAGACUCCAGAAGUGUUUUGUGGACUAAAAACACUUCACCCACCCCGUCAUCGGCAUAGUGGUGAGUAGAUAAUGAGAGAAUUUUCAUUUUUCUGUGAACUAUCCCUUUAAUAUAGUCCUCAGUAAAAAUGUGUUUGAAUAAUUGAGUAGAAACCAAAAUGCUGAUCAGAUCUUGUUUACUCUUCAUUUAAAUUAAACUGCUUUUAGACUACUGAAACAGAUCAUCAUUUUCAUAGCAAGUUUGUUAUUGGUAAUGCGUUAGACUGAAAACGUCAAGACAUCGAGCCCCAACCGUCUUUUAAGAUCACAGAAAGUUAGUACCAGAGAUAUUCUACAUUGAUAAAGUAGCACUGUGCACUCAGCAUGUUUUUCAGGUUAUGGUUUUGAAUGUUAGUCAGACGAUGAGUAUUAGGGCCUUAUGAGGGGAAACAAUUCUGAGAUUCGAGAAUCAAGUCACAAUUGAGAAGAAAGCUGUGAUAAAGACUUCAUUUAACUAAAAAGUCAUGUUAUGAGAAUGAAGAAAAAAAUAAACCCAAUUCUUGAGAAAUAAGCAGCAGCAGCAGCAGAGAACCCAUGCUCGUGUGCUGUUCUUCAGACAUUUCCCCUCUGACAGGACACGUAGACUCCGAUUAUGACUUUAUUCUCCUACAUUUAAGCCUGUUUUCUAGCAAUUUUAUUUUUUAAUUUUUGAUUAAGUAGCCCUUAUACUCUGUCGUGUAAAUUUCACCUUUUCGGAUACUUGUUAAGUUUGGCUUUUUAAUGUGGAGUAGCUCCCUCACCCUCUUCCAUAAGGCAGCUUUCUGUUAAUAUAUAAGUUCUCUAGCUGGUGUAGUAGCGUAUUUAUAAAAUUUUUAUAUGUACAGUUCUGACAUAUUGAACUUCAAUGAAAAUGUCCUUUGUGAAUAAAGCAGUUUUGAUACUUUGA